AAAUAGGAUGUUCUUUUUACUGUAGUAAUUAAAGUAGUGUGUUUGUUGUUUUAAACAGUUUUGAAAUAUUUCGAUCGGAAAUGUAUUUUGAAUGGUCGGAAUUUCAAAAUUCAUCUGUUGAUUUAACAACACAUGAUCAAAAAUUAAGUGGAACUGCAGUAAAUGGAAUCAGCGAUGAAAAAAGUGAUGGAUCUACAAAUAGUAAGAAAGCAAGUGAAGAAUCGACUUCGAAUAUUAUCAAGAAUUCAAAUAGCCAAAGUCGUUUAGCAAGAAGUCAUCAGACUGAACAUACUUCAUCAUUGCAAAGUUUAUCAAUUGGUGAAAUCAUGGAAGCCCCUGAAGCUGAUAAUAUGGGUGUAACAGCAAUUUUAAAUUAUUGUAAAUGUAAAAUUUUACGUCCGUAUUUACGAUUGUUAGCAUCAAUUGGUUUUCGUCCAAUAUCAUUAGAUAUUCCUGAUACAAACAUAUGUGUUGAUUUUUUAAGUGUAUUUUAUCUACUUGUUGUAAUUAUAUUUUUAAUUAUUGGAUAUUUACUUCAAUAUAUGUCAUGUUUUCGACGUGAUCGUGGAUUUUGUUAUACAUUGGUACCAUUAUUAGCCACACCAUACGAGAAUGCUGAAGAACGAGCAUAUCGUCAAAUAUGUUAUGGGUCAACUGGAUUUAGUUAUAUUAUUCCAAGUGUGUUACAUUUCAGUGCAUAUCUUUAUUCGUUGUACUUAUUUCGAGUUUCUAAUAACGAACAAUUUCAAAGCAUGAUGGAACGGGUGUUUUUAUUAUCUUCUGGCCCAUAUGAUGGAUCAUCUGGCCAACGAGGUUUACUAAAAACAUUAUGGAUUUUCAUUGGAUGUAGUGUAGUUUGGACCAUGCUUUCAUUGGUUAUAGUGUCGGUCAUGUUGGAAGAAGGAAACAUUACAUUUCAAUGGAUACAAACAAGGUUUUACUUUAUGAUCCCUACAUAUAUUUUCAGCUCAACCCUUUUGAUAAGUACAUUGAAAAUUUUGACGGUGAUUUGUACCUUUCUACAUGAUAUGGCUCAAGCGCUUGUCAUAUGCAGUUAUUGUAUUCAAGCUCAAUUAUUGAAAUCACAUUUACAUUUUUUGAGGGCACGAUUAAUGCAACACUUCUUAUCGCCAUUAGAAUGGAUGCGGGAGAUUGCUGAAUUCCGUAAAUCAUUAAAUUAUUUAAACGAUGGUUUAGCACCAGCUGUUUGUAUUUUUACAAUUGUAAAUUUAUCUUGGGCAUCGUCUGGAUUUUUAUGGUUAAUGCGAUUAGAUUCAAUGGAUGUUCAAACUCAACCAAUUAUUGUGAUUAGUAUAUUAAAUGUAUUAUUAUGGUCUGUUAUUGCAUUAGCACCAUUUUUACAGGCAUCUCGUUUAACGGCAAGUUGUAUACUAAUGCAAACCAUUGGUCAUGAUAUUCGAACACGUCCACUAGCGUACCAAUCAACACCAGGACAAGAAUUAGAUUCAAUUGUAUUAUAUGCAUCUAGUUUACGGAUGAAUGCUAAACUGUUUAAGGUACCAAUCACCGGCCGAUGUUUAUAUUUAACAAUCACAGUUUUAGCUAUUGUUAUAUUAACUUUAGGCCAAUGUCAUUAUUUCGAAAUAGCUGAUUAAUGUAAAUGUUUUUAUCAUAAUAGUAUUUUUUUUUUAAAUUUGUAUUGUUAAAACGUAAAGUUAAAUCAUUUUUUAAUUUUUUUAAUUUAUUUCGUAGAUCUCUAGUCUGUGUUGCAUUAUUUUAAAAUGCAUUUAAAUUAGGGUGUAUGUAAAUGAGGCCAAUAAUCUAUGAUGUUGUCCAACGAAAAUGAACGUUUAACUAAGUACGGAACCAGAACUCUCUUCUUCUGAGUUGAAGUGACCCCCAGUAUUCGCUUACAAUGACAUGUUAUCUACUUUGACAAUAAAUAUCUUUUGGGCAAGCAUAAGCAGAACGCUUCAAUUCUAUUUAAAUUACUUUAUACUCAAAAGAACACAAGACAGAAGAGAUGAAUAAAACAUUCCCUUUCCGACAUUAGAAAAGCAUUUGUAUUUUAGGAAAUAUUUCAAUCCAUCGCGCUGAUUAAAAUGGUGAUCUACACAAAUUCAUCACUGAUCAAAGAACGAAGACUUUAAAAAAUAAUUUUUCAUUUGACUUUUAUCGCAUCUAAACGGUUUUCGAAAAAAUAUUAAAAUAAAAGUUAACUUUUGUUAAAACCAAGUUUUCAUCUAUAUCUUGCCAUUUUAUUAGAAAUUGCAUUUAGAAAAAGGGAUUUUCAUAUAAGUUCAGAUUGAUUUUUGAAGUCAAUUUCGCCUAAAAUAUUCUAUUUUCGAUGUUCUUCUAUCUCUUAUCAGUUACGAAUUUCAGUUAGCUUUUGAAUAAUCUUGAAAGUCAAGGCCAAAUUCAAAAUCAUCAUAAGAUUUUUCUUUUGAGCUCAACAAUUUGUGUCAUUAAAAUAUUUAAAUUCGUUGAUUUAAAUGGGUCACCCAGUAUAUUUUAGGACGGGUUCAUUCCCAAAUAAAGUUUGGGUAUUCUUUAAUAAAGCUGUAUUUCGAAUUUAAAAUUCGAAAAUGGCUUGUUCGCUCCAUUUAUUCAAUAGUCAAUGUACAGAGUGUAAUGGCAUGAGCUGUUAGAUGGCUUUAUAUAAAAGAGUUUCUGGAUUCUGGCAAUUAUUUUCACUAAACUGUUAUAUUAUGAUUAUGGAAAAUUUAUAUUCCAUUAUUGCGCCUCUUAUCAUUUACAUACAUCGUUUAACUAACUAAUAC